GGCGUGGUGGGAUACGGAGUCUCCCCGGUGGAGGACUGGAACAGCCCCAGCUGGAAGGGCCAGCAGCAGAGAAGAUGGCUGCAGCAGAGGGGGUUUUCAGGCCACGGCUCGAAAACAGAGCUCCAUUAGUCAUCGUGUUAAACGACGAGUAGCCUGCGUGUCAGCCCGGUUGUUCGGUUCCGUCCGGAUUAAACAACAUGGGGUCGCAGACUCUACAGAUCCUGAGGCAAGGGGUCUGGGCUUCAGUCACAGGCGGAUGGUACUACGACCCCGAUCAAAACACAUUCGUCAACGCUUUACAUCUCUACAUCUGGCUGUUUCUGCUGUGUUUCCCCUUCACGCUGUACAUGGCUCUGCCACCAACUAAGGUGAUUGUGGGAAUCUACUGUGGUGUGAUAGCUGCCAUGUUUCUGCUGUUGAAAACGGUGAAUUACCGCCUCCAUCAUGCCCUGGAUGAGGGGGAGGUUGUGGAGCAUCAGACCAAGGAGAAUCAGGGCCGCAGAGGGGGCAUCAAUGAGGCUAAUGAUGAAGGGUUCAACCGUGGGAAGGACAGCAAUGGCCCGGGGGACCCUGGAGGGGGUAUUGAAAUGACGGACUUAAAUCGACAAGAGACUCCACCAGUGGACUGCAGUUCCAGAAACUCCUACAUUGGGACAGAUUCUAACCAGGAGAUGUUGGAAAGAUCUCAGAUGAUAUCAGUUUAACUCUUGUUGAGAGCUGCAGUCAUGAUCAUGAUCUGCUCUCAGACACAAAGAUGUACUGCCUUGUUCCCAAUGACUCCUUCGCCUCCUUGCAGCCAUCGACCUCCUUGUGUCCUUCAGAGUUAUCCAGGGAGGCUGGAGAUCUUUGCAGCUCUUCUGCAUAUCACUUCAGCCUGUCACACACAUCCUGUGACACAGAGUUGACUGCUCAUGCUUCCAUGCAGUCUCAGACCUUUAAGAAGGAGCUCCGCUCUCGGGGCUUGCCUCGGACCUCUAGCUCAGCAGGCUCUGCUUUUCCAGACCCGUGUCUACCAGACUUUAUUUUAUAUCCUCCACUCAGGAGAGGUGCCCUUGAUCCUGUGUGCGAGCUAGAGGCUGCCAGACCCCACAGGCCGAGGGUCUGUGACAGAGAGCAGCUAUACAAUCAGUACCCAGUUGUACCAUCUACCUCUGGAGAAGAAUGUCACCGGCACAAAGAACAACGCAAAGCUUCUUGCUGCGCCUCCAGGGAAGCAGGUGAAGGUAGCUCAGGGCUUUACCAGGUGGACAUGAGUAGUGGUGGGAUAGGCUCUGCUGGAGGAGAAAAAUCACAGGUAGGAGAGCAGAGUGUGGAUAGCCUGAAGAGUUUGAGUACCCAUAGUAGUGGCUCCACUGAGAGCUACUGCAGCGGCACAGACAGGGACACCAACAGCACCGUCAGCAGCUUUCGCAGUGAACAAACCAGUUCUACGCAUGUAGAAAGCCUGCUCUCAGUUUCAGGGGACGAGCAUGGACGGGACCGAGGAGAGACUCUACCUGGUCUUGCUGAUGGCAGGGCUUCAUGCCUCAGCAGUAUCAGUUCUCAUGGUCUCAGCAAUGUUCCCUCAAGGGAGGCCAAUAAAAACCCUCAUGCCAAUGAGCUGACUGCUAAACAAACAGCAGACACAACUUCUGCUGCAACCCAGGAGCUAGUAGAACCAGGGGCAAGCCUGGAACAUCCUGGCAUAAGGACCAGUGCUGAUGGUUCGACGGGCAUAGAUGCCUCCGAGCAAGAGAAAGCUAUAGAUGAUGGUCACACAAAACUUGAUAACAUUGUUCAGAGGACUUCCUCUCUGUCCGUUGGACGCAGUGGGCGUCGGCACUCUGGAAAGAAAAGAGCGAGCAGCUUUGAUGCCAGUCGUCACAGAGACUUCCUGUCUGUGCGUGGGAUGGCUAAGCCCGGUAGUGCCGUCUUCACUGCUGGAGGAGAGGAUGACUCUAGUGAUCAGAGUGAACUCAGCUGUGCCUCCAGCCUCCACUCCACCCACCAUCUAAGUACAAACAGCUCAUCCAGCACCACCCCCAGGUCCUGCCAUUCACCAGAGGGUCACGUCAGGGGCCCGAAAGCUAAGCACUCUGCAUCCAAAGCCCCCCCAUUUUCUACAGGAAAAGGUGCAUCUGUAUCUGAUACAGGAGCCCGAACCAGAGGGAAGCGCCGCACCUCCCGCCGAACACCCAGCACAGGUAGUGCCAAAACACAUGCUAGAGUCUUGAGUCUGGAUAGUGGCACCGCUGCUUGCCUUAAUGAUCCCAGCCGCUUAGGAGCACCAUCCAGACAUCGACCCCUCACCAACUCCAAGUCGGACCUGGAAGCCAAAGAAGGGGAAGUCUUGGAUGCUGCAUUUUUGUUAGGUCGGGCUUCGCAAUUGGAAUCUGUGACUCGCUCCAGAAACAGUCUACCUAACCAGACAGCUUUCACUGAAUCUCACGAUGCAUCUGCUGCUUCUUUGCGGGCACCAGGAAGUGAAGAGACGGUUAUUUUUCGUCGGGAACGUAGCACAUUUCGUCGGCAGGCUGUGCGGCGGCGGCACAACGCAGGAAGUAACCCCACCCCUCCGACCUCGCUCAUUGGCUCCCCUCUCAGUCUUCAGGAGGCUCUCAGCCAGGCCUCCCAGCCUUCUACUUCUCUGUGGAAAACGCAGCCAUCCAGAACCCCUUCCCAAGUGACAGUUCUUAGUGCAAGUGUCUCCCUGUUGGCCAGGAAUGGAAGUAUGCCCCUGGAAGGUUCUCAGGACAAGGCCUCAACUGUUGGUACUUCCAGCUUACAGGAUGACUUUGGAAAGCUCACUCCCUCUCUCUAUGAGGUUGGUGGAUGCGAAAUGUCUCUUGUCAAUUUUGAACCUGCAACCAGACGAGCCUCCAAUAAUCUAUGGGACACGGACUCCCACCUCUCCAGUUCUACCUCAGUUCAUUUCUACCCUCACGACCUGAUCCGUCUAAACCGACUGCUGACGAUGGACCCAGAGUUAUUAGAGCAGCAAGACGGGGACUUGAGCCCAGAGCUCCAGGAUGCACCAGUGGGACAGGAGAACUUUGCAGCCUCUGCUGCUGCUGGCAAAGCCAAGCAGUACUACCGCCUGUGGCUUCUCCCUUACCUGUGGGUUGGCCUGCACUUUGACCGGCUUACCCUACUGGCAUUGUUUGACAGGAACCGUGAGGUUUCAGAGAAUGUGCUGGCUGUGGUCCUUGCUGUCUUGGUGGCCUUUCUGGGUUCAGUGCUGCUGGUCCACCGUUUUUUCACAGACAUCUGGGUUUUUCAGUUCUGCCUUGUCAUUGCAAGUUGCCAGUAUUCCUUACUUAAGAGUGUUCAACCAGACUCCUCCUCCCCUCGACAU